CUCUAGUGGAUCAUAGCACCCUUUCCCUACGACAUGUGGAAGCACGAAAUGUUCUUAACCAUCAACAUUAUUCGAAACAGCGAGGUAUCGAAGAUGGAUGAAGCCGUGUUCCCACGUCCGUUGCCAGUUCGGAAGAUGAUGUUUGCUCCGAGUCUUGAGGUGCGGACAAGUAAUCCUCGGUCGCACAAAAAUCAUAGAAAUGGGAAUCGCGGUUCCGGAUUGCCUGCACCUGACUGCGAAAAGGAUUCAAUGUCGAAGGACCAACUUACGGUGAAUAGCGUUGAAGGGUAUGCGCGUCGGCGGACAUGUUCCUUAUGGGAGGCGGAUAUAUGCGGCCGGAGACGUAAAACUGCUAAUGCAGGCGUAAACAAGCUCAGUGACAGCUUCACCAACUUGAUCGUCGUGUUUCUGCCCUCUCCCUCCAACCACUCUGUCCGAGCGCCCAGAUAACAGCCCAGGAUCGAUCAUGUUCGCCAAUGCAGAGUCCUCCAGUCCUAUAGUCGCGCCGAAUGCGAGUCAGACGCGACGGAAUCCGGAAGAACGCGCUACAUCAUCACCACCUUCAGCACGAUACAGUGGCUCUGACCUGAGCCAGAGAAAACGAGACUCGGAAGAAACGGGCACUGAUCCCACCGCGCAUGCACCUCCGACUCUGCCACCCGUGGAGUCAAAUGUCAAUCGACAGGCACCACCGUCGAACUCUGACCGACCAGGCCUCGGCCCAGCAUCUAGGCCCUCGACGCCGCCACGAGACUUGAUAGAUCGCUUUCGUGGACCCGUAUCUCCGGGACUGCCUCUCCCGCCUCCGUCGUUGUGCGCAGAAGAUGAGAUCGACAUCACCUCCGUUGAGGGUCUGCCGCCCCGGCUUCGUGCCGCAUACGUCGAGGGUGCCAAUACUGUGCUAGGAUGUUCACCCGCCAAAGCAAUGUACCUCGUUAUGAAGGCGAAGCAUCGCUUUGCUAUGCAGGAACGCGAUCUCCUCGAGCAAGAGUUGCAGAGGGCUGAAGCGGAGUUAAUGAGGGAAAGGGAGUGUAAGGACCAAGCGCUCGAUAGUCUGUUGAGACGAUGGUUAGGGUCAGAGGCAGAUCACUUGAUAGCGGAGAUACCCGUCCCUCCGAGUAUGUUCGUAGAACGGGUUGGCGCUGCGAGCAAUUCCAUGACGAACACGAGAUCAUCACAGUCGUCGUACGAAAUAUGUAAUCCAUGAGUUCCCAACGUGUGUGCUCUUUCGUCUCCGUUCAGGACUAUACUGUGUCGGCCUUGCUCUUAAAUCAUAUCUGACUCGUCAGCUCUGCCCGACUCAAAACAGGCCGCGAAGCUCGGAGUGAGGCAUUUUGAAAACAUUUUGAGUUGUUUGAUGGAGAGCGAGACAUUUCCCGGAGUGAUCGAUCAGCUCGCCCUGUCACUCCGGAAUUUGCAAUGAGUGACAUCACCGCUCGGACCCUGGGGCAUAUAAACGGUAGCUGGGGCUUACUCUGCUCCUUACCUACCAACCACUUCUACGAACGACUAUCGAAGAACCAACUACAAAGAUGUUCACCGUGCGUUCCCUCGAUUCUGAGACUCUCAUAGUGGCUGAGAUUUCUCUCAGAGCACCCAGAUCCCCACCACCCAGCACUGUGGCAGCACGACCUGCAACUGCGGCGCCAAGUGAGUCUAUCCAGUUCUUACGCUAAUGUUGCGCUGACGUGCAUGACAGCUGCGCCUGCAAGCCUGGAGAGUGCAAGUGCUAAAGGUUCAGGCGAACAUCCCCACCCCAUGUACAUAGGGUAGCAAUUGUAAACGCCAUGAAGCAUGAUCAGCAUUAUCUGUGAUGUGCGUCAUUCCUCAGAUAAGAUAAGGCAAAGAAGACGUCAGCCAGGCCUAAGAAGAUUAUCAAGCUACUGUUGCUUGCCUAUCGGAUUCUACAAGUAUGUCUAAUACAUGCUGUGGAAGCAGGUUGCAUCGCAACGUGUCAUCACUGUUGAGAGUGACUAGUAAUACAUUGGUCGUUCUUUCUCCAACGCAUCCAGACAAUGUUGGAUCAGAGAACGUUGACCUUGGGCCACUGGUACUGAGGACCAACCUGAAACAGCGUAAAAUUAUGGGAGUGGCAAACAAAGGAUGACCUACUUGCUGGACACACAUGCUUCCCAGCUUGUGUCCUGCCUCCACACACUCAUCGAUCGACUUGCCCGCGACGAGGGCUCCGAGGAAACCACCCGCAAAUGCGUCGCCGGCGCCGUUCGUGUCGACGAUUUCGGCAUCCGCCAGCUUGGUCACGGGAUAUAUCUUCGGGCUGUCGGGUGUCGCGGACGAGACAAGGAUCGUAGAAUCAGCGCCCUGCGUGAUGACAACAGUGCGGGGCCGAGAGGGGUUGGAUUUGGGCAGCAGCGCGAUCGCUUUGGCGACAGCGGGGAGGUCUUUGGGGUCUGCGAGACCGUUGGCGCUAGCCCAUGUCUCGGCUUCAGACUCAUUUCCAAUGACCAGAUCGCAGAAAGGCAGGAUCUGCUGGAGCGCCGGGCCAAAGAACUGGGGGAUGAAGGGAGCGGAGAAGUUGAUCGCGAAGAUCUAGAUGGAAUGAGACGUGCUUGAGGACAAGCAACAAGGAGACAGACCUUGGACUGCGCGGACGCCUUCUGACUCAGAUAAACGAUGCUCUCAGUGCCGUGAGUCAGGAAAUAUCCCUCCACGUAGAACACUUUGGCGCCAUCGACGAGAGGUGCGACCAACUCCGACGUGAGAUGCGAUUUCUCGAACUUCUCGGCAACACGGAGCGUAGUCACGAGCGAACUAAAAAAAACGAUGGGAUAUCCUUCAAUGAGAUGUGUAACAAACUCACCGGUGGUGUCCAGUGAUGAUGACAGCGCAGGCUCCGGUCUUUUCCCCCUUCUUGACCUGGUAAACCUCCUUCAGACCUUCACGCUUGUUCGCAGUCUUGAGCUGCUCAGCAAGGUCAUCAUCACCGACGCAGCCAGUGUAUACGACCGAGUCAGGGGGCAGCACGUACUACCGACCAUGUCAGCUUCAUCGAUGUGGAUGGUGAAACAACGCUCACCGCAGCACCGCGCGCAGUGUUCUGUGACGCGCCGCCCGCAACGUACGUGAUGUCAUACUUCUCAACAAUCUCCGGGUACCUAAGAUUGUCUCAGAAGGCUGAGUUAUUGUGCACUGAACGCGUACAGGCACUCGUGUUUAGCUUCGGCAAGAAUUGCGUCGUUGGCCUUGAGGUCGUACUUCUCCAAGAUCGCCUCGCCCUUCGUGACCUGCAUGUCGAGCAGAGGGUUUCCGAUGCAAAAAAGCUGGUAAGACAUGCUGAAAUUUUAUGGUGGUACGAGAAGAGAAGGAUUUCUGCUAUCGCCUGGUCAGAUCACGAUCAAUUGAUCGGUCAGACCAUGGAAUGAGUUGAUGAUCCUCCGAGUUACGGUAAUUCGGAGGGACCGGUGUGGACCAGGGUGUGUGGUAGAGUGCAUAUUUCAGAAUAAUUUGAAGAAUAUAUGAUGUCCUGUAUGGAGGAUGCUCGCUGCAAACCAAUAUUCUGUCGUCUUGGACUCUGUAAGCAACGAUGAAUUUUCGCCCCGCUCCCGCACGGGACAGCACUGUGUAAGUAGCACUGAUAGAUGCCGGUGGGCCCUUUAAAAUGUCAAGACCACGCGCAUGCUU